AUGACGGAGAAGUUCGAGAAAGGGUUCCCCGUUUCAUGGGAUCAGCUUCAUCGCGACGCCCGCGCGCUUGCCUGGCGGCUGGCCGAGCGCGGGCCCUGGCGCAGCAUCGUGGCGGUCACUCGCGGCGGCAUGGUGCCGGCGACGAUCGUCGCCCGCGAGCUCGACAUCCGCGUGGUCGAUACCGUGUGUAUCUCGUCCUACGACCAUCAGGACCAGCGGUCGGCGAGAAUUCUGAAACCGGUCGCGGGCGACGGUAAGGACAUCCUGAUCAUCGACGAUCUCGCCGAUACCGGCGCCACCGCCCGCAUCGUCCGCGAGAUGCUGCCGCGCGCGCACUUCGCCUGCAUCUACGCCAAGCCGGCGGGCCGCUCCGAGGCGCACACCUUCGUCACCGAGGUCAGCCAGGACACGUGGAUCUUCUUCCCCUGGGACACGGACCUGCGCUUCGUGCCGCCGAUCGCCGAGCGCGAGGCGGCGGAAGGCGAGGAAACGGCACCGUGA